AUGCUGAAACGGAAAGCUAGGUUGCACAAACAUGCUAGAAAAACUGGAAGUUACAAAGAAUAUAAACAAUUCCAAAAAGACUGCAAACGCCAAUUUAGAAAAGCAGAAUGGAACUAUAUUAAUGACAUCAUCAAUGCAGGUUUUGAAAAGAAUAGUUCUAAACCACUCUGGAACUACAUGAAAGCAAAGAAACAAGAUAAUAUAGGAGUAGCACCACUAAAGUCAAAUGGAGGCCUUACAAACGACAGCAAAGAAAAGGCAGAAAUUCUAAAUAACCAAUUCAAAUCAGUAUUCACUAAAUUAGAUCCGAACUCACAAAUACCACCACUAAAGAAAAGAUCAACUUCAAACAUUUCAAAAUUGGACAUAACAUCAGAAGGAGUACAAAAAUUAUUGAAAAACGUAAAUCCAUCCAAAGCAAUGGGACCAGACGGAAUACCAAACACUGUCCUUAAAACAUGUGCAGAAGAACUCGCACCAAGUAUAUCCGCCAUCUUUCAAAAAUCAAUUGACACAGGCACUCUCCCUGAAGAUUGGUUAAGUGCAAACAUAGCUCCAGUAUUUAAGAAGGGGGACGUCCACGCAGCUGAAAAUUACAGACCAGUUUCACUGACCUGUGUAUCAUGUAAGCUUUUGGAACACAUCAUCUGUAAACACAUCCUUAAACAUCUGGAAAAGCACAAAAUACUGACAAAUUUAAAUCAUGGAUUCAGAUCAGGUUACUCUUGUACAACACAGCUCUUAGUCACAACAGAAGACCUACUAAAGAGCUUCGACAGUGGCAUUCAACUCGAUAUGGCUAUACUCGACUUUUCAAAGGCUUUUGAUACUGUGCCACAUAACAAACUUUUGGCAAAACUAAACAGCUUCGGAAUAGAUGGAAAUCUGAACAAAUGGUUAGCAGCAUUUCUGCAAAAACGAUCAAUGCGGGUUGUUGUAGAAGGUGAGCACUCAGAAUACGCCCACGUAGACUCUGGCGUACCACAAGGCACAGUACUAGGACCGCUGCUUUUCCUAUGCCACAUCAACGACCUCCCGGAAAGCGUAAAAUCUCAAGUUCGUUUAUUUGCAGAUGACUGCCUACUCUAUCGAGAGAUUAAAAACACAAAAGACCACCAAACUCUCCAAGAAGAUCUAAAAGCUCUGGAAGUAUGGGCACUAAAUUGGGGAAUGAAAUUCAACGCAAAAAAAUGCUAUAUAAUGAGCUUCAGACAAAAAUCGACACACUUCUACCAACUAGACAACCACAUACUAGAACAGGUACAAACUAAUCCUUACCUAGGUCUUAACAUAUCCGAUGACCUAAAAUGGACCAGCCACAUAGGGAAAACAACAAGCAAGGCAAGCUGUACACUAGGGUUCCUGAGAAGAAACUUACGCCAGUGCCCCCAAGAGUGCAAAAAACUUGCCUACUUAGCCAUGGUAAGAUCCGUACUAGAAUACGGUGCUGUCAUCUGGGACCCAUUCACCAUCAGGGAAAUAGAAAAAAUAGAAAGUAUACAGAAAAGAGGAGCACGUUUCAUUCUGCACGACUAUAAAUCCAGAGACACCGGAUGCGUCACAAAUAUGCUUUCUAAGCUAAAACUACCACCUCUCCAAGAGCGAAGGAAACAUCAGAGGCUGACUAUGUUCUACAAAGUGGUUGAGGGAUUGGUGCCGGCUAUUGAUCCAACAGAUUAUCUACAAAAGACAAGAAAUAAACGCCAAGUCAAAGCAAAAAACUUUAGUGACUUCCAAUAUUCAAACAUAGUGGAAAGACAAGAAACCAGAAAUAGCAGAUCGUAUAAAUUAAUAGACUGCAAAACAGACAUUCGAAAGAACUCUUUUUUUCCAAAAACAAUAGUUGAGUGGAACCAUCUGGACGAGGCGAAAGAGUGUUUAGAUGAUUUAGUCCUCAGUCAGGAAACAGACCAGUCACUUGCAGGGGGAAGUCAGGUUUCAGAGGCGUUAGUUUGUGUGAUUGAAAAAUUGGAUAAACUUAAGGAAUUUUUAAGCCUGUGUAGAAUUAGUCCAGUAAAGAAGAUCCAGGGACCUUUGGAGAGUGCUAGUGUAAGAACCAUUCAGAGAUAUAAACUCAAGGCUAGACAGUGCCUUAACUCUGUUUUUGAAACAAUUUGUCCAGGUGAGGCACCAUUUCUAGAAGCUGAACUUUAUCCAGAAUCAUUGAAAGACAAUACCAUGAAGACUCUUCUAGAAAUAUACACUAAGGCUGAUACAUGGAUGUUCAGACGACAGGUCUUAUCUAUCCUCACUGAGCAACUAAACUAUGAUGCAUUAAGAAAGUGUAUAUUGACAGGAAUUUCACCAUUAGUUGUGCGUAAAAUAUUUGACACAGAACUUCACCCUUCAUGUUUAAAAAGUUCACUAAGUAAGGAAAGGAAUAAGAUCCAACAGCUGAAAAAAGAUAGAGUUUUGAACCAGACACACAUGGAUCUGCUUUAUCCAAGAAGAGGCAUAGAACCUUCAUCAUCAACAUUUGACACAUCAAUGAUGCUUGUUUUGUUGAAACACGUUGCUAAUAUUGAUAUGGUGUAUGAUCAGAUUCCACAACCAAAUGAGAAAAAUAAAUCGGCUGAUCUCGGCAGAAUUCGUUAUUAUAGAAACGAGUUUGCUCACAUGAAUAAAUCUGAGUUGUUGACAGAAUCUUUCAAUAGGAUCUGGAUUGAUUUAACUGAGGCCAUACAACGCUUAGGAGGACCAGAAAUGUAUGAAGAAUGUCAUAAAUUGAAACAAAAAAUUGAGAAUUCAGAUCAAAGAGUUCUUAUUGAGAUUCUCAACGAGAUGCAAAGUUCAGUAAGGGAAACUGAAAACUUGAAAGAAGAAACUGAAAACUUGAAAGAAGAAAUUGAAAGAUUGAAAGAAGAAAAAAAAUUGGAGAUCGAUUUAUUAAGAGUACAACAUAAAGAAGAGGUUGAAUUGCAAGAUUCUUACUUCAAUAAGGAAGAUUUUAAACAAGACACUUACAUGAAAAGAAAAUGGAGGGCAAAACUACACAAGGAAACCUUUGUUUUAUCAAAAACGGCAAUUUCAAUAUUCGAAACUAUUCAACACAAUCAGUUUGUUGCAAUAUCUGGAAUGUGUGGGUCUGGAAAAUCGACGUUGGCUCAUUACACCGCUCUUCGUAUGUCAGAAAGUCAUGGAUAUUUUGUCGUUCCCUUUCCCUCAGCCACUUGCGAAAGAUUUCUUCAACUUAAUGAUCACGGAAUACCCGACACAAACAUUUUAUACAUUCUGGACGAUUUUGUAGGAAAUUUUUCAAUUUCGGAUUUUGAUGAAAUACAAUUGACCUCAAAAUUAACUAAAAUUAAAUCUAUUGCAGACAGGCACAUUAAAUGUAAGUUUUUAUUUACAUGUAGCGACCAUGUAAAUAGUAUGAGCAAAAUAAAAUACGUGUUACCAUCUAUCAUAGAAUGUAACUUACAUUCAUCCGAGCUGUCAUUAUCUCCUGAUGAGCGUCGAAAGAUCUUUGAUUUAUAUAUUAACUGCGAGGACACUGUUUAUCGUGAUAGUGAGUUUUCAAGUUCAAAGCAGCUACCGUUACUUUGUACUUUAUAUAGAAAGGAUUUUUGCAACAGGGUUCAAGAUUUUUUUAUGGACUCUGACAAAAUUAUAACCAGUAAAAUAGAGGAAAUGAAGGCGACGGAGAAUCCAUCGUAUAUCUGUCUUGCUUUGUUACUAGUUGCUGGGGAGUUAGAUAUCAAAUAUACUUUGAUUGAAUGUGUUAUAUUUGGCGAGUAUUAUACUUUUCUACACGAUGUAAUAUCGGAGUCAUGUUUUAUAAAUGCACCAAAAAGUCGUAAGGUAUUACAGGUGGGAUGGAAUUCAAUAGAAGGAUCAUACAUUAAAAGAAAAAAGAAUCAACUGUUGUUCAUGCAUGAAAAAAUUCAAGACAUUGUGGUGUCGUGUAUUGGAAAGCAUUUUAUAACAAGUAUACUCAAAUAUUCAAAAUAUUCAUUCAUUGAAAACCGAAUUAGACUGGAAUCUUUUGAAAUUGAGGAAACAGUCAAAAGAGCUAGUAUAAGUGUGAAUCAGACGUAUAACGAGCUUUUCUUUGCUAGAUCUUUAAAAGAAAUAAGAUCUGGAAACAAUAGAGUUUUCGCAAACAUUCAAAAUAAAAAUCAAAGUUAUAGAAAAGCCUUCAUAAAGUAUCUUACUGCACAAAUGAGUGAAUCAGAUAUAGUCUGUUUGAAAUUGCCUCUUCUCUAUUCGUGUACAAUGGGAUAUGAUGAUUUUGUAUCGUACUUUGCCAGAACGUGGAACAGGUUAUUAGAAUAUACAAUAUAUGAAUCAAACAUGUUAAAGACACCAUUAUAUGAAGCAUGUUCAAGGGGUCAUUUAAAUAUUGUCAAGAUUUUAGUAUCAUCUCAAAAGGAUAGAGAUGCACAAAGAAUUUUAUUUUCGUCUAUUAUACAUGCUUGCGAAAAAGGAUACACAGAUAUCGUUGAGUUAUUGUUAACACAUAGUGUCCAUCAAGAUAUAAUUAGUGGUUUUGUUGCUGCCUGUGAAAAUGGCCAUAAAGAAACAGUGUUAUUUCUUAUGAAAUUACCCAGAAAGAAAGAACAAAAAUUUUUGGGGUGGGACUUUUUUAGUGGCUUAUCAAAUGCUUUGGCUAGGGCUUGUAAAAAUGGGCACGAAGAAGUUGUCCAGAUUUUACUGAGCCACAAUAUGCCUGUUAACAAUCCUGAAUCCACUGUCUCAACACCAUUAUACUUCGCUUCAAUGAAAGGUCAUUUGAAUAUAGUCAAAUUGUUAUUAAAUGCAAAGGCACACGUGAAUGAAUGUGAUAUAAGUGUGGCGGAAUGGAACGACCAUGAAGAAAUUAUCAAAUGUUUACGUAACCAUUUUAGUUCGUAAAAUGUCAUCGAUUUCAGAACUCCUCAUCGAACAAUACAGAGGCGAUAAUUUAAUUUAAAAGAAUUUCUGGUAUAAUCGAAGUCAUGCAGUAGAAAAUAAAAUAGGGUAAAAUGUGUGUCUUUUA